UAUUGAUGCCGUUUUGACUGGAUCAGAUAAAACAUCACAACAGGGAACUUUCAUGAGAACCAACACCUAGAUCCUGUCUCGCAAGUCUGAAGCAACACACCCAACUGAGAGGGACAGACAAAUGGCCCACACCAUAUGCAUAAACAUUUCACUCCUUUUGCCCACUCCCUCCUAACAGGAAACACUGAAACUCAGAGUUUAUAACAAUGCAAUAAUUCGUGUCUCAUGUUUUUACAAAAAGGUCUCUGUGUGUCUGGUAAAAGGGGUCUCAUUCUCUUAACAAUAGAACAGGUAACCACAAACAUUAUAAACAGACUACUCCCAGGUUUUUCACACAAAUUACCUCCAGUAUGUAAAUACAGCCUCCCAUAGAAACCAAGGAAACCAAUCUUCAAAGGGUAAUAUGCUAAACCCCUGCAAUAAAUACCAUUUGGCAAUUCUGGGGUCCUGCUGGAGAUAUAAGGGAAGGUGACAAAGAGCUCAGGGAAUCUGUAAACAGAUAUCCCGCAUAAUUGCUGUGCGUAGCUCUGAAUUAUCAGGUAACUUUUACAUUCUCUCAUCUCAGUAUUAUUGAAUGUUUAUUUGUGAUUGAUUAGUGUUUUUUAUAUUGUUUGAAUUGGAUUUUGAAUUAUUACUUUGAUUACCUGAUUAAUAAAUUGUUAUGUUUGAUUUUAUUCUGGUUGUCCUGAAAUUAUUUUCUCAAGUAGAUUAAGUGAAGGCUAUGUUUCCGCAAAUCUGCGUCCAGGGUUAAGUGCAUACUAGAACUCAGACUAGAUGGAGCAUAGGGCACAUCAGGUGAGGUUUUAGAUUUCUGGCUAGACCGCUUGGCUUUAGUUAAGUUGUACUCAGUUGCAUUAACUAUGGGGGACCAGUAAAAGUAUUGGUCAUAACCGCUGGUUAUUGUCUCAGCUUUAAUUAAGUUGUACGGAGUUAUAUAAUUGUCGGGGGCUAGACAGAUAGUGCUAGCAUAAACCGCUGAUUAUUGUUGGAGCUUUGAUCAAGUUGUACGAGUUAUAUGACUGUCGGGGGGGGACUAGACAGACAGUACUAGCAGAACCGCUGAUUAUUGUUUUGAGCUUUAACUAAGUUGUACAUGGGUAGCUGAGGGGAACUAAACGGAAAUACUAUUUAGAACAUGGUAAGUAUAGGUAACCUAUUAAAUAGUAUUAGUCAUAACCUCUGACUACUGUUGAGACUGGCGAGAUUGUGAUCGUGGGGCACGUACAAGAACGGCCGUCGUGGGGCACCCUGAGCGACAUAGAUUCCUAAUGAACGAGUAAAAAGAAAUGUGAAAGUAAAACAGGAUUGUCAAACAUACACCUAAAUUUAAUAUAUAUCAAACAUCUCUUCUAACCCUUUUCAUUUUUGGAGUCAGAUGAAUAAAAGAGGUAAACAUGUAAAGAAAAAUGUAUUUAAUCUGAUAUCAUUGCGUUAUAUGAAAGGAAAGACAGCAACGCGCAAGAAUCCUUCUACCGGAUCAUUGGCUACCGUCAUUGGACCAGUGGGCGGACCUUACAGUGGUGACCCCGACGUGAUCUCCCUACUUAGGCGAGUGACGUCUUUCCAGCGCGAAAUUCAGAUUGAUUCUCAUGGAGAAUAUGAGGUUUGAGCUCCUUCUUCCCUGUCUACAACUGCUGUGGUUGACUGCAGCAAUCCCAUGGAGACCGGACGAGAGGAAAAUAUCCAGGCCCACGUGCAUCAGACUGGGCCAAAGGGUUUCACUCACACACAACCUGAAAUGCGGAAGGUGGGUGUGGAAAUAUUCCAAGGGGCCUUCCACACCUGAAAUUACGGUAGUACAAAAAUAGAUAGUUACAUGGCCUCCCGGGUUAGCACCGGAUCAAAAUUGCACCCCAAAAAUUUGUUGCAACUCAGGUAGCACACACCCACCGACAGAAAGCAUUUCAGGAUACACGCAUGCACCAAAAUUUACACAUAAUAUCACUGCCUGGUAUCAACUUAAAACUGAUCCAGGGAUCAUGAACACAUUACAUGAGAAAAACAACAAUGGGAGUGAUCCAAAAUUAUGCUAUUUUAUAGGAAAUUUGCAACCUUUUACAUAUAGGUGCACACACACUGAAACACACAAUACUACACACCUAAGGUUCACAGAAUCAAUUUACAACCUUACCUCACUUAAACCAGACGAGCAAAAACCAAAAACCUUUGUGUGGACCAACCGAAAGGAAGGAACUUAUUGUGUGGGAAAAUGUGAAUUUAGCAUAGACUAUUUCACCAGCCCACAUAACUGUUCAUGGACUGUCCAUCAUUGUUUUAAUUUAACCACUUGUGGCUACACUAGGCCCAAACAAUGCCCAUCAUUGCACCCAAUUCCUCCUGGUGGACUGAUUAGAGGAAAUGUAAAUAAGACAUUACUACAUGAUGUAAAUUUAGUAAUGACGCAUGUAACUUACAAUAUUUCAAAUGUUCUCUUUGCUUACACAGAAUACUGUAAUGAUGAUGAUGAAACCUAUGCAUGGCUACAGUCACAGAUCGAUGAUUUAAUCUCUGAUUACAAAGGCAGACUUGCGGCCCAAAUCGCACCUGCUCGAUCAAAACGAGACCUACUAGGCAAUAUAGCAGGUUUAUUUGGCUCAAUCAAUUCAGCAACUAACACAUACAAAAUAAACCAACAAUCUCAGUUCUCUACAUGGUUGGCAGACCAGAUGGCCACUGGGCUCCAACAUCUCACCAAUAGCAAUGAAAACAUCAUAAAAGCGGUAAGAUCCGAAGCGCAGGCGCUUCUUGCGAUCAGCCAUACAUUAUUCAAUCAGACCCGUACCAUCGAACGUGGCUUAGCCUGCAGAUCAUAUGCUCGAGAUUUAUUUUCUACUGCAAGGCAAGAAAUCCUAGAUCUUCGCCUUCACAAAACACCUAGACAUGUUUUAAGUGACUUGAUUGAAAUUCUGGAUCUACAUAGGUGGCUUUCAUCAGAAAAAAUGAAAAAUGUGAAAUAUUCUGAAUUAUUAUCAACUAUUAUGAUGUACACUGGAAAUGAAUGUAAUGGAUGCCUUGGAUUUUUUGUCACUUUUCCUUUGAUACACCCAGACCAAGUUUAUCCAAAUUCUACCACUAUUCGAUCAAUUGGCAUGGUAGUGAAAGACCAAGUAAUUAAAUGGGACCACCUUACAGGAUACAUGACCUUAAAGGGUAUUGAGACCUUGUUUACCAGUCGCACGUGUUGUCAUGAGACCCAUAACUAUGUUGUCUGUACAUGUAACACGUUACAGCCUUUUUCCUCCAAUGACAGCAAACUUGUAAAUGUUCAAUCAUUGCAUGGUCAUUCUGAUGCUAUUCAGGUAUCUCACACACAGUGGUGCGUCGUCAGUGAGAUGAAUUCUUUCACAUAUGGAGGACUGACUUGUCCUGCUAACCACUCGUUUUGUUUAGAAGCAACUGAGGACUUCUCAAUGGGCCAGAUUAACAUCCUUGGAAGGAUGCCACUGGAUGCAGAAGUUUCCCCAUGGUGGGAUGACACCUUCUAUGAACAAGGAACACAGGCCCUAGUUGACACGAUGGACUUGGUGCAAAGAAUCAUCACACAGACUGAAUAUCAUCUCUCACAGGCGCAGGUAGAGGCGAACCUGGCUCAAAAGACUGCAAACAUCCUGUCCAGCUCUUCUACCCGUUCAGCCCUGAGUGCUUACACGUGGUGGGACUGGAUACUUCGGGGGUGUGCCGUCGGCAGUGCCCUCAUCUUCACUUUCACACUGUUUCAAUGUUGUUAUUUCAGAUAUCUCAUCAGAGCUCUAAAGACAUCAACCAACAUGGCUAUGGUCCUCAGCCCAUUACAGGUACCAGCACUACAGAAAGUCUGACAGAAAGCAUCCAGCCAAAGUCAAACAGUUGUGUCCCCGCAGGAAUCUCUGAAUAGCCCACGGGGCCAAAGGGAGAUUUAACUGUAAGGUUAUUGAUGCCGUUUUGACUGGAUCAGAUAAAACAUCACAACAGGGAACUUUCAUGAGAACCAACACCUAGAUCCUGUCUCGCAAGUCUGAAGCAACACACCCAACUGAGAGGGACAGACAAAUGGCCCACACCAUAUGCAUAAACAUUUCACUCCUUUUGCCCACUCCCUCCUAACAGGAAACACUGAAACUCAGAGUUUAUAACAAUGCAAUAAUUCGUGUCUCAUGUUUUUACAAAAAGGUCUCUGUGUGUCUGGUAAAAGGGGUCUCAUUCUCUUAACAAUAGAACAGGUAACCACAAACAUUAUAAACAGACUACUCCCAGGUUUUUCACACAAAUUACCUCCAGUAUGUAAAUACAGCCUCCCAUAGAAACCAAGGAAACCAAUCUUCAAAGGGUAAUAUGCUAAACCCCUGCAAUAAAUACCAUUUGGCAAUUCUGGGGUCCUGCUGGAGAUAUAAGGGAAGGUGACAAAGAGCUCAGGGAAUCUGUAAACAGAUAUCCCGCAUAAUUGCUGUGCGUAGCUCUGAAUUAUCAGGUAACUUUUACAUUCUCUCAUCUCAGUAUUAUUGAAUGUUUAUUUGUGAUUGAUUAGUGUUUUUUAUAUUGUUUGAAUUGGAUUUUGAAUUAUUACUUUGAUUACCUGAUUAAUAAAUUGUUAUGUUUGAUUUUA